AUGGUCGCCGCCGCCGCCGGCGUGGGCGUGCUCGGUUGGAACCACGCACCCGCGCUGCUGCCCUACGGGCCAGACGUCGUCGGCGCGGCGCUCGUCGUGGGUGGGCUGGGCGCGGCUGCAUCGGCACGGAGCCGGUUGGGAGGGUCGGGCGGCGGCGGCGGCGGCGGCGGCGCGCCCGAGGAGAGCGCUCUCGAGGUGACUGUGCCGCGGGACCUGGCUACUGGCGAGGGCACCGGCGUGGAGCUUGAGGUGGUGCCUCAGUACGCGGCGCAGAAUCUGGAGGAGGAGGUGGAGAAGGAGCUCCUCGCCGGCGCCUCGCCUCGGAGAGUGCGCCAGCGGCUGAGCCCCAAAGUGUGGGUCGUCGACUGGGACGUCCGGCCGGCGCCGGUGUCCUUCCUGCUAGCGACGGCGAGCCCGUACGACGAGGUGGUCGUGCGGAUCACGUCGCCGGGCGCACGCGUGAGCGACUGCGGCACAGUCUCUGCGGGAGAGGCGGACCAGCGGACCAGCGGACCAGUGAGCGACUACGGCCUCGCGGCUGCGCAGCUCGGCCGCCUCCGCUCCGCAGGGCUGCCAACCACGGCGUGCGUCGACCUGGUCGCUGCGAGCGGCGCACUCGGCUGCCGCCGCAGACCUGCGCAGCAGGGACGCGCCUGCCGAGACGCCGCCCCUCUCCCCUCAGGCGGGUACAUGAUGGCCUGCGUCGCCGACAAGCUCCUCGCCGCCCCGUUCGCGUACGUCGGCUCCAUCGGAGUCGUGGGCGGGAGCCCAAACGUGCUCGAGCGGGCGGGCGUCGAGGUCGUCCAGAGGACGUCGGGGCGCUUCAAGCGGUCGCUGCAGCAGUUCGAGCCAAACACGCCCGAGGGGCUGCAAAAGUACCAGGAGGAGAUCGACGCCAUCCACGCCGCCUUCAAGGCGACCCGCACUCGGAACCGGUCCGGCUCCAUGGACGUGCACGUCUCUACCAACCGCCCCUCGCUCGACAUCGAGGCGGUGGCGACGGGCGAGUCGUGGCUCGCUCUGCACGCCCUCGACCAAGGGCUCGUCGACGGACUCUGCACCGCGGACGCGUACCUGCGCACCCGCUCCGCAGACGCCGCGGUGCUGCUCGUGCGCGCAAAGCCGCCCAGGCGCACCGGCCUCGCGGCCCUUCUCUCCCGCGGCGUCGAGGGCGCAGCCUCCGCCGCAGCGGCGCUCGCCGAGCUGGCGGGCGCCGGCCGAGGGCUCGCGAGCCAGCUCUCCUCCCGCCUCCGCCCCAGCGCCUCGCUCGCCGGGCAAGGGCUCGCCUCGGGCGCGGCGAGCGGCGCCUCGCCGACAGAGGCACCGCCGAGCUGA